AUGACUGAAUUAGAAACGUUGGCUACAAUAAAGUGCAAGCAACAAGUUGUUCGUGCCGUACGAUUCAACGUAGACGGCGUGUAUUGUCUCACUUGCGGAGCGGACAAGAAAAUAAACCUAUGGAAUCCUCAUCGUCAAAUUUUGCUAAAAACUUAUGGGGGACAUGCAAACGAGGUGUUAGAUGCUGCGGGGUCAUGUGACAGCAGUCAUAUAAUAUCUGGUAGUGCUGAUAAAUCAGUAAUUCUAUGGGAUGUUACUACAGGACAACCCAUAAGACGAUAUCGUGUACACGCCAGUUCAGUAACUUGUAUAAAAUUCAAUGAAGAAUCUUCGAUGGCAGUUUCCGGUUCCAUAGACAACACGGUCGCUUUUUGGGAUGUGAUAAGCCGUAGACAAGAACCGGUACAAGUUUUAAAAGAUGCAAAGGACACAAUCACAUCAAUCCAAGUAACUGACCAUGAAGUUUUGACUACAUCAGUUGAUUGUCAUGUUAGGUUAUAUGACAUUCGAAUGGGCAAAAUGGUAUCUGAUUAUAUUGGUCAUAUUGUCACAUUUGGAAGCCUUACAAGAGAUGGCCAAUGUUAUAUUUUAAGCUGUGCAGAUAGUACAAUAAAACUUUUUGAUAAAGACUCUGGGGAAAUUUUAAACACAUUUGUAGGUCAUGAAAGUAAAGAUUAUUUGUUAGAGAACGCUGUGAAUGCGACAGAUAGUCAUAUUGUCUCUGGCUCGGCCACAGGAGAAAUUUUUUAUUAUGAUUUAAUAAGUAGUAUUUGUGUGAAGAAAUAUUUGCAUAGUAAAAAUAGACCCGUGGUUUCAAUAACACACCAUCCAACUGACAAUAGUUUUAUAUCUGCAUGUGAAGAUGAAAUUAAAUUAUGGGGAAUAAAAGAAAUGGAAGAAUAA